UGAAAGCAUCCACACGUCGAAAAGUGUCUUAUGUAGUCCAACAAAAAGACGAAGAAAGAGCCCAUUGCCUUGGUGUAAACUCACUUGCUCUUCACACUCCUCCAGGCUCUAGUGGUGUCCUGUAUUCAGCUGGCAGAGAUGGUGUUGUGGCUGGCUGGGAUCUUCACAUGCCAAUUACCGAUCGUCAUGACAAAGGUUGGGUACUUGAUGAAACACUCGAGUCUGCACCAAGGGCGACGUCUAAAGUUUUUUCGCAAAUGCACACCGAUUGGGUUAAUGACAUUGUUGUUUGUCAAGGAGGAGAAAGUGUUGUUUCUGCAUCGUCCGAUCGAACUGUCAAGCUUUGGCGUCCUUAUAGCGAUACACCAAAUACUGCACACACAAUUGGACUUCAUUCCGACUAUGCAAAAUGUCUUGUGUAUGCAUCAGAAGUGGGAUGGGUAGCAAGUGGCGGGUUAGACAAGAAGAUUAACGUGUGGGAUCUUGAACGAGGAGUAGCUUCCUUGACUAUUUCUACUGGCCCUCGCUCUCUUCACACCAAUUCUUCUGAUAAUCUUGCUCACCAUGACGAAUCGAAAUCAUCAAUCUAUGCAAUGGCAACAACACCAACAGGGAGCUUGUUUGUUACUGGCUCACCUGAAAAGGUAGUUCGGUUGUGGGACCCACGUACCGGAAAUCGCAUUAGCAAGUUAACUGGACAUACCGAUAACAUCCGAGCAUUAUUAGUCAGUGACGAUGGUGAACAGAUAUUGUCGGGCUCUUCUGAUUCUACAAUCAAGCUCUGGUCUGUAAGAGCUCAGAGGUGCCUUGCUACUUAUGAAACCCAUUCAGACUCAGUGUGGUCA